CUGGGGCUGUGGUUCCUCUGGCACAGCGCCCAGCCUGGCUUCCCCGCCCCAGCCGGGCUCCCCGGAUCUGGUUGCCAGGCUUCGGCUGCCUAACACCUGGAAGCUGUUGCCCCGGGCCUUUGAGCGACACGUGGCCCCAGAGACUGAGCUGUCGACUCUGGAGAAGUGAACCUUUAUGGCGCGGCCAGGCCCGGCGCCCGGGCCCCUCCGCCCCACCUAGCGUCAGGUUCCCCCACGUCGAAGCCACAGUCUCUUACAAAGGGGAACGAGGAGCCCGUGCUUCACGGAGCAGACGAGGUUGGCCAUACGCUUACCCGUGGUCGCGAGGUGGGUGGGGAGCCGGGCUGAUACGGGCACUAGGACCGCGCGGGCGCGGCCCCGCCCCCUCUUCCGGCGGGAGGGCUCGCGGGCUGGGCGCAGGCCGCAGGCCGCAGCCGCCAGUCGGCGCCUCCCGGAGCCUGGAGCCUGGAUCGCGGACGGAGCGAGGCGCGGGCUGUGGGGCCGCCGCGUGUCUGGCCCCGCUCGCCCGUGCCCCCCGCUCGCCCGCCUGCACGCCAUGCCCGGCUUCGACUACAAGUUCCUGGAGAAGCCCAAGCGGCGGCUGCUGUGUCCUCUGUGCGGGAAGCCCAUGCGCGAGCCCGUGCAGGUUUCUACCUGCGGCCACCGCUUCUGCGACACCUGCCUGCAGGAGUUUCUCAGGCCCAGAACCCCCCACCCUGGAACAAGAGCUGGGGUCCUGUGGAAGUGGGUACCCUCAGGCCUCUGCUUGCCCUCUUGUCUCAGUGAAGGAGUCUUCAAAUGCCCUGAGGACCAACUUCCUCUAGACUAUGCCAAGAUCUACCCAGACCCAGAGCUGGAGGUACAGGUGUUGGGCCUGCCUAUCCGCUGCAUCCACAGUGAAGAGGGCUGCCGCUGGAGUGGGCCCCUUCGCCAUCUCCAGCAGGGCCACCUGAACACUUGCAGCUUCAAUGUUGUCCCUUGCCCUAAUCGCUGCCCCACCAAGCUGAGUCGCCGGGACCUGCCUGCACACUUGCAGCAUGAUUGCCCCAAGCGGCGCCUCAAGUGCGAAUUUUGUGGCUGUGACUUCAGUGGGGAGGCCUUUGAGAGCCACGAGGGCGUGUGCCCCCAAGAGAGUGUGUACUGUGAGAACAAGUGUGGUGCUCGCAUGAUGCGGCGGCUACUGGCCCAGCAUGCCACCUCUGAGUGCCCCAAGCGCACCCAGCCUUGCACCUACUGCACCAAGGAGUUCGUGUUUGACACCAUCCAGAGCCACCAAUAUCAGUGCCCGCGGCUGCCUGUGCCUUGUCCCAACCAGUGUGGUGUGGGCACUGUGGCUCGGGAGGACCUGCCAGGCCACCUGAAGGACAGCUGUAGCACUGCCCUGGUGCUGUGUCCAUUCAAAGACUCCGGCUGCAAGCACAGGUGCCCUAAGCUGGCAAUGGCACGGCAUGUGGAGGAGAGUGUGAAGCCACAUCUGGCUAUGAUGUGCGCUCUGGUGAGCCGGCAACGGCAGGAGCUCCAGGACCUGCGGCGAGAGCUGGAAGAGCUGUCAGUGGGCAGCGAUGGCGUGCUCAUCUGGAAGAUUGGUAGCUAUGGACGUCGGCUACAGGAGGCCAAAGCCAAGCCCAACCUUGAGUGCUUCAGCCCGGCCUUCUACACACAUAAGUAUGGCUACAAGCUGCAGGUGUCUGCAUUCCUCAAUGGCAAUGGCAGUGGUGAGGGCACACAUCUCUCGCUCUACAUUCGCGUGCUGCCAGGUGCUUUUGACAAUCUCCUGGAGUGGCCCUUUGCCCGCCGUGUCACCUUCUCCCUGCUGGAUCAGAGCGACCCUGGGCUGGCCAAGCCACAGCAUGUCACUGAGACCUUUCACCCUGACCCUAACUGGAAGAAUUUUCAAAAACCAGGCACUUGGCGGGGGUCCCUGGAUGAGAGUUCUCUAGGCUUUGGUUACCCCAAGUUCAUCUCUCACCAGGAUAUCCGCAAGCGAAACUAUGUGCGGGAUGAUGCAGUCUUCAUCCGUGCCUCUGUUGAAUUGCCCCGAAAGAUCCUCAGCUGAGUGCAGAAGGGGAUGCAGGAGAAAGUGGGGUGGGACAUGACCUUAGUCAAGCAUGAACCUGGAGAGGGGGCUGGGCCUCCUUUCAGCUGCUGCCGCCUAGGUUCUGUUACCCCACUCCUACCCCUUCGCUACCACCCUCAGGUGCCUCCUAUUGGUGCUUCAGUCCUGGCCUUUGGGGAGCAGGUCUUGAGGUCCUCAAGGGCUUGGAACAAGUGAUCCCAAGGCCUGUCUCCUCUCCCAGGCAAGGCAUACAGGCCUUGGUGCAGCCACACACUACCCUGAGCUGAGGUGCCUGCUGGUGAUUUGUCCCAAGAGCCAUAGUGGGGAGAGGGAGGGAGAGUUGGGAAAGUGAGGGGUAGUUAAAAUAAUCUCAUUGAGAUCUGAUUUCUCUUCCCCUUUCUCCAGCUGUGCUCCCUCUAGUUAUUUAUUUACUUAGUGCCAGAGCACAGCAGGGGAGCCUGAUUUUUAAUAAAGCCUCGACUAUUUAUUAAAUUGGUUCCAGCCUGACUCGUCUGGGUUGGUUAGUAUCCUGGGAGGCUGGGCCCCAAUAUGAAGCACAGAACCCAAGACUGGCAGCUGCCACUCUGGCCCCAGGAUUCAGCUGCAGGGCUUUGAUCACCCUCUGGUGGACCUGUGGAGCUGCAUCCAGCAGUGUGUGGCAGGCAGACGCCUGCUGCUUCCCUCUAGUGGCUAGAUGGGGGAAGUGUGGGCUCUGGACAUUUCACUAGGCUCGAGGCCCGGAUUUCACGCCCUGCGGAAGAUGAGUGCCUCUGCACUGGGCAGGUCUGUUUUGGUCUAAUGAUAAUUAGCUACCCUUUAUUGAGUACUUUCAUGUGGUGGAGUGGUAAGCACUUUACAUGAUGUCAUUCCAUUUAGUACAACAGGCAAGUGAAAACUUUUAUCACCAUUAUAAAGGACCUUAGUGGGCUGUAGUGAAGAUUUAAUGAGACAUGUUUGUACCGCAAAACAAGUGCUUAGUGAAUGCUAAUCUAACUCUAAAACCCAGCCCACACCCUGAGACAGCGGAACAAAGGGACCUUCGAGGUAUACACCACUUUGGCUGUAUAAGUGAGGCAUCCACACUCAUUUGCUUUUUACACAGCAUCGCUGCCUGUGAUUCUCUGAUGAAAAUAGGAAUGAACAGACUUCUCAGUGCUCUGUUAGCUGGUCUGAGGCAGGGCCUGGAUUGUUUUGAAAGCUCCAGCAAUCUUGAUAUACAGCUCCCUUUAAUUUGGACAUAGAUUUGGAUCUUCGCUGUGCCUGCUUUCUGAUGUAAAUUACUGAGCCAUCACGGCAUCUACCAUUGGUAAAAUGAGUAAUCCUGCUUACUGAGGUUGUAAAGAUUAAUCAUUAUAUGUCUUACCUUGCCUGGCCCUGAGAGGAUCAGUAUAUGGAAACUAUUGUGUGUUAGGGAGAGGUUCAAGGGCUGUAGUUAUUGGUUUCUCCACUCCCCACACACACAGACUGAUGUGAAAAGAUACCUUACCAGGUGAUAGGAAAGGACAUAACCAGCCUAUGGAACUAACCACAAGCUUAGCCUUCGAGAAGGUCGAAUUCAUUGAUCUAGAGGGAAAUGGGCCCUGGCUGCUAUGCUGAGGUCAAGACAGCCCUCCACCAGAUAAAACCAUCUUGGUACAGUGAACUGGAAGGUGGUACGGAAAACUGAACUCUGACAGAGGGAAAUGCCUUCACUUAAGACAAAAGGGGAAGUUUUUUAAUAACGUAAGGUUCAGAUCACCAAGGGGGCCACUUCACAUGUUACAGAUUAUAGCACCUAAUUUCUAUGGUCCUGAGAAAUUCCAAAGUUGGAGGUGGGAAAGGGGUGGGAUGUAUAAUCUUAAAUUGGCUUUUUAGCAAGCUAGAUGGCCCAUUUUCCAUGACUGAUGGUCCUUGGAGUAGAACUGACAAUACACUCGCAGCCUCCUGCAGAGGGCAGCCAACCCCACUUACCUAUCAGAUCCCACCAUGCCCCUCACAGCCCUGCCUGGGGCCAAGGCCCAGCAGCUGGCUGGGCCAUCUACUCCCUCACCAUCAUCACAGCACCCGGGAUAAUGGUUUGGGAGGGCUUCUGAGUGGAAUGAC